AUGAGUGAGCAGCAGAAUCAAGAGAAGCAACAACAAAAGAAAAAGUUCGAGAGUCCAAAGAGAGAAGCUAUUAUUGAUUUGGCAAAAUAUAAAGAUUCAAAAGUGCGUGUGAAGUUGAUGGGAGGUAGAGUAGUGAUGGGUAUUUUAAAGGGUUAUGAUCAAUUAAUGAACUUGGUUUUAGACGAAACUGUUGAAUACAUCAAAGAUUCAAAUGACGAGAUUUCAAGAGAUAGGACCAGAAUAUUGGGUUUCACUGUUAUUAGAGGUCCUAUUCUAGUUUCUAUUAGUCCUCUGGAAGGUUCUGAAGUUAUUUUCAUGCAAACGAGCGAUUAA